UGAUUUGGUUUUACUAGUUAAAAUAGACUUUUAAACGUCGCCUAUUUAAUUACUUGUUACGCAAUUAGACCUCCAUCAUGAAAAAGGCGACUUCCGUCGACCUGGAUAAAAUUAUUAAAGAUUUCAUCCAGCUGGAGCAUAAAAUAAUCGAGAUGAAAGGGGGAAAUACUACACUUGAGAUACAGCUAGACGAGACAAGCAGACUUUUAAAACUGGCCCAAAACAAGGAGAAACAGUUAAUUGAAGAGAAAGAUGGACUUUUAGAAACUGUCAAAGUUCUUCAGAAAACCGUACAACAACAAUGCGACCUCAGAGUUGAAAAUCAGAAACUGAAGAGUGCAGCUCUUCAGAUGAAGAAAGAAAAUGAAGCCCAACUAGAGGAAAACAAGGCUCAUGUUCAGAGACUGGAAGCUGAGAUGCGAGCUUUGAAAAAUAAACACCAGAGGGAGUUAGACGACUUUGCUAAAGAAACACAAAGGAAACUGGAAGCUAAAGAUGCCGAAAUGAAAGUGGCUCUUGAGAAAAACAGAUGUGCUUUGGAGCAGAUGAGGAUGCAGAUCAGGGAAAAAGAGAAAGAAAAGCAAAGUCAAAUCAUUAAACUUCAAAUGGAGUUUGGUGCUAAGCUUGCAAGGGCCCAGAGCAUGAAGAAUCAGACACAUACACAAGCAUCCAGCCCUCUCCCACAAAACAUCUUUAAAAGAAAGCUCCAGUUCAUUCAGGAGGAGAAAAACAAAGAGAUUGAGGCCCUGCGUCAGAGGGUGCGAGAACUGGAACAGCAGAGCCUCCAUGGGAUGAUAGGCUCUCAUCAGAAGAGAAGAAAAAACUAAUUUGUUUGGAUCUGCCUAUUGUGACAUGUGCCACUUUUAUCCAUCCGUUUAAGUUUAUUGAGUUUUAAAAUGUUUCUCCUUCAGAAUAUUUCUGAGUAUUCUUCAAUGUAAAGUUGUCUGUGUUAAAUUCAUAGUCUCUCGGUUAAUCCUUCAUUUUAUUUCAAUGUUUUGGCUGCCGUUCUUUUGGUUAACAUUGAAAAUAAAAGUAUAUGGCUGCGA